AUGAGACUCCGGCUAAACUCGAUAUCCGGAAAAACGAAGCUUCCUGACAAAAAGGUAUUCUCCUUGGUGUCGACUAUUCUUUCGCCUUUACUGGUGCCAUGGCAGCGACGACUCGAGACACUUGCCGUUAUGGGUUUCAUUUUCAUGUGGGUAAUAUUGCCAAUUAUGGACCUUUGGGUUCCAUUUCACAUCUUGUUCAAUACUCGAUGGUGGUUCCUGGUUCCACUCUACGCUAUCUGGUUCUACUACGACUUUGACACACCAAGACGGGCGUCACGGAGAUGGAACUGGGCCAGGAGGCACGUCUUUUGGAAGUAUUUCGCUAGUUACUUCCCACUCCGAUUGAUCAAAACAGCAGAGCUGUCACCUGAUCGCAAUUAUAUCAUUGGAUCCCAUCCGCAUGGCAUGUUCUCGAUCGGAGGAUUCAUGGCAAUGAGCACGAACGCUACUGGCUUUGAAGACAAGUUCCCUGGCAUAAAAUCUCAUAUUAUGACUUUGAAUGGUCAAUUUUACUUUCCACUGCGACGCGAAUUCGGAAUAAUGCUUGGUGGUAUUGAAGUAUCGAAAGAAUCACUUGAAUACACUCUCACUAAGUGCGGAAAAGGAAGAGCGUGUGCGAUUGUUGUUGGUGGAGCAACAGAGGCACUUGAUGCGCAUCCGAAUAAAAAUACAUUGACGCUGAAACACAGACGUGGUUUCUGCAGAUAUGCUCUGAAAUUUGGAGCAGACCUCGUUCCAAUGUAUAACUUCGGUGAGAACGAUCUCUAUGAGCAGUAUGACAAUCCGAAAGGGUCGAAGUUGAGAGCUGUUCAGGAAAAAAUAAAAACGCUAUUCGGAUUGUGCCCCCCGUUGCUUCGUGGCAGAUCAAUUUUCAAUCAGUACAUAAUUGGACUUCUUCCAUUCCGAAAGCCCGUUACAACGGUUGUUGGAAGACCCAUUCGAGUUACUCAAACUGACGAACCAACAAAUGAACAGGUCGAUGAGUUGCAUGCGAAGUACUGCGAAUCUCUCUACGAUCUGUUCGAAGAAUACAAACAUCUUCAUUCUAUUCCCCCCGAUACUCACCUUAUUUUCCAGUAG